AAUCCGCUUGUCAGAUUCGUUCGUCUCGUCGGUCGUGUGAGUCAAACGCAAAGCUGUAGCUGCUGUAGGGCUGGAGCACGGAGCCAAAUCACCACCUUUUCUGCCUCAUAAAUUUUUGUUCGUCCAUCGUCCAGAGAAAGGUUUUCGUGCGUUGCAUUUAGUGUCGGAAUUUGGGCAAACGUGUCGAAUUCGGUUGGAGUGAAGGGUUUUGCAUUCCGAUAUCGUGAGGGUUUUGGUCAAAUGUGAUUGCCAAAUGGCAGUGAUUUUUUAGUGAAUGGUGAUCAGAACCAUCAAAGGUGAAGCACAGUCGUCAAUGUCCGUUCGUGAGGGGGAGAGAGAGAGGAAGUGACUUGCUGGAAGAUUUUUUUUUAUUUCACCUCGAUCAAGUUGUGCAAGCGUGUGAGUGUGGUGAAGAAAACGAAGCAAUUUCCAGUCGACACGACACACAAGUGCCAUCGUCAGCGGCAAACGUCAGAAUUUUUGUGAUUGUUUUGAGUCUGCAGUGUUUUUGGACGAGCCGCUGUUUGUGUAGUUUUAUUUUUUGAUUUCCCAAAAAUCAGCAAAUCAAAAAUGGAUAAAUUCAUUAGCAUGUGGAAGGUGCGCGAGCUCGCCGACAAAGUGACCAACGUUGUGAUGAACUACACAGAAAUCGAAGGCAAAGUACGAGAAGCAACCAAUGAUGAACCGUGGGGCCCCACCGGCCCACUGAUGCAAGAGCUAGCACAUGCCACCUUCACCUACGAACACUUCCCCGAAGUAAUGUCGAUGCUGUGGAAGCGAAUGUUGCAGGACAAUAAAACCAACUGGAGGCGAACGUACAAGAGCUUACUGUUGUUAAACUACCUGGUGCGAAAUGGCUCGGAACGAGUAGUGACCUCGUCACGGGAACACAUCUACGAUCUCCGGUCGCUGGAGAAUUACACCUUCGUGGACGAAAACGGCAAGGAUCAGGGCAUCAAUGUCCGGCACAAGGUUCGUGAAUUGAUUGAUUUCAUCCAAGACGACGACAAACUGCGGGAAGAACGGAAAAAGGCUAAGAAGAACAAGGAUAAAUACAUUGGUAUGAGCUCGGAUGCGAUGGGCGGAAUGCGAUACGGCGGUGGCGGAGGAGGCGGAAGCGAUUACGGUGGCUAUCGAGACAGCUGGGAUCGAAGAACGGAUGAACGAGGCUAUAAUGAAGGCAAAGAUCGUUAUGAAUAUGACUAUCAGUAUGACGGAGAGCGAGAAGACUCCGACACAGAAUCCAACGGACCUCAUGCCAAUAGAUAUUACGAUAAAGAACGUUCCAAAAGCCCUGCCACCCGUCAACCAUCCUCAACCCUUUCGACACAUUCCGGCAGCGGUCUCUCGCCUUCGUCAUCAUCGAACACAGCCGGCGAGAAAAAGAUUAACCUAAAUAUCAAGUCUCCCGGAGCUGCAGCUGCUGCAGUGAAGGCGGCUGCGACCACGGCAGCUGCGUCGAAACCCGCCAAGAAAAUUGACAUGGGCGCAGCGAAGAACUUCGGAAAAUCCACCGACCUCGGCAUUAACUCGCCAACGCACAGAAACACACAUGCCGAGGAAAUUAUCAGCACAUCGGACGCACCUAGUGGAAAACAAUCAAGCAAUGAAGUCCUAGAUGAUCUGUUCAGAACAUGUCCGGCACCACCAUCGGUCGGAAGUCCUGCCAAGGAUGCGGACUUUGAUGAUUUUAACCCCCGAGCCGCUGAUGCGGCAGCGUCUGGUGCCGGGCAAGAGUUCGGCGAUUUUGAGUCAGCGUUCGGAAAGACGGUACCCUCUAAACCAGUGGGUGGUGGUACCAGCGGAGGAAAUGAAUUUGCAGACUUUGCAGCCUUUAGUUCUGCGCAGCCGGUGGCACCGGCCGCUGCCUCGAGCGAUUUGUUUUUCGGACUGAAUGCGAAUACCACACCGGUUGCGCCGGUCGCCACUACCGGAGCGAAUUUGUUCGGAAUGUCGCCACUACAGUCGCAGCCACAUAUGCAGCAGUCUUCUUCGAUGGGAAAUGAUCUACUAUCUGACUUGGGUGGACUGAGCCUGGGAAGCACGAACGGUUCAAUGCUACAGCCAUCGGAAGGACUAUUACAACCUCAACUGCUGAACGCUAACAGUAGCAACAACAACUCCCUGAUCGGAAACGGAACAGCUGGAUCCGCUGCGACGAAAUCAGCCACAAACGUUGGUACUACCUGGAAGAACGCCGGCAAUGUUAACAUCGAUCUGGACAACCUGCUCGGUAACUCGAAAGGUAAAAACCUUGGCAGCGCUCCCACGAUGAAUCAAAUGAAGAGCAUUCACUCGAGCCCGGUGCACCCGAUGCCAAUGCCCAUGAUGCAGCAACCCAACCCGACGACUGCCUUUGGAGCAUUUCCAGCCACAACACCUCAACCCACCAGCAACAUUCCAAGCUUCAUGGGGCCGGGCUUCAUGAACGGAUUGAACAAUAACAGCAACAACAACAACAACAAUAGCAGUUCACUGAACUUCGGGGCGUUUCAAUGAUCCGCGUCGUUGAGCGUCAACGGCCAUCGCGUCGAGGCGUUCUAAGAAUGGUAUAUGGCUGCAGUAUAAUUUCCAUUCCCUCCUUUUGUUUCUUGAAGUAAUCACAUCGUCAAGAUUGGAUUGAUUUCAAUUUACCGUCGGCCUAUAUAAAUAUGUUUCAGUUACAAAAAUAUUCCUUUACUACUAGCAGGCAAAAUCCAGAAAACUUUCGUAUACAUACAAAUUGUUUCUGUAAAUAGUUACUAGUUCCAACAAGUGAAAUCAAAACAAAUAUUGAAUGUGUGCGAUGAAACUCGUGAUUGUGACGUUUUAGCAAAAGGCAAAACAGUAUUUAGAAAAUGUUUAAAUCGGAUUUCUUUUGAUCCCUUUCUCCCGCAAGAGACAAAGUGUGUUAUCUAUUAAAUUAGCCGUGGGCAGAACAUGCAAUUCCUAUCUUUAAACCUACCUAACAAAUUAACACACUCAGACGCGCAUGUAUGAAAAAAAAACCUUAGGAAAUUUUUGAUAAAAUUAAUUGUGUUAGGAAUUACGUAAAAAAAAACAAACAAAAAAUCGUUGGUAGUGCGGUUAUUGUCCUACUCUAAAUUCAGUUUAGGAACAAGUGUUCACUUUAUUUCAAUUUUAGCUCGCUCUUGAUGCGAUCUAACUGGUAUGACCAGUUCACAAGUAACAGCAGGUUUUUUGUACUGUUCAACAAUGUUAAAUCAAUGUAUUGCAAAACCUAGCAAGUGUGUUUGUCGUUUCCGUAGUUAACCUAGUCGAACUCCUAAUAUAUAUUUGAACAGCAAACAUCUUAAUUGUAGAGAUUCAGCAAUAUUAUAAGAGCUAUAUUUUUGUGUGUUAAAUCAAACAACAACAGGACUAAAAACAAAAACUGAAUCAAAUAUAAAAAAUAAGCUACAGCUCGAGUUACAUUCAUAUUUGCGACAACAAUUGCAUCAACAAACAGGGUAUUUGAAAACAAAAUAGCAACACAUUUAAAAAGAUAGAGUAUCGACGGCAUUUGGGCAUUGAGCAAGAAGAUUGGCCUAGUAAAUAUUUUAUGAAUUUGUGAUUGUAUCCAUCAUUGUUGAGGAUUCAAAUUCGUUAUUCAAAUAAGAAAAUAUGUUUGUUCGUUUGUUUUUUUUUACAUUUGUCAAUUAUGUGUGAAAUUGUACAAGACCUGAAAGGGUCUUUGAGGUUUUCUCACCACAUGGCUACAAUAUGUUAAAUUUAGUGACUCCAUCUUAAAGAAGAUAUAAAACUUGCAAUUUGUUGCGCGAUGACUUUUUUGCUGAAUAAUUGUACGAAUUUCGGCUUGUCAAACUGCUCUUCAUAACGUGAACAUUAAUUUUUUGACGGUAGAUUAAAGUUUUUUUUUCGUAAUAGUACAUAGCAAGACGAAUAGCCAAAGGACGUAUCGUAAUGCUUCCUAAAAAAUAGAUGUGGUUUGGAUUUGAUUUUCUGUAAAACCAUCGUCCUAGUGAGGACAGGACCUCUUUUAUGCACAGGCGAUCUUGGCGUUUUUCCCCAAUCUUGCUACUGUCAAAACAAAAAAAACUGAGUGCAUCUUAAAUUGAAUCUAAAGUGUACAUGAAAAGUUGAAUUGAAAUCCACGAUCUACUUAUUUAUGUAGAACUAAUGUAGAAAUGACAUCAAUGGAAAAUCACAAAUAUCACAAUACAGUAGGAAUUGUGCGGUCUGUUGUCAUACAAUAAUUUACCUAUUUUCAACAUUCUAUAUAAUUAUACUUGGCUCGUACUGCAUUCUACUAUAAAUAGAGUUGGUGGUGGUUACGACAGCCUGUGGGUAACAAUUCUUUGAAAAAAAAACCUCUAAAAAUGCGUUAUCAAACUUAGUCAAACACAUUUGCUAAGCAGAAUAUUUUCUAUCCUUAUUUUAUAUUCAUCCAACCAACGGUAUGCGUUACAAAUGAAUGAAAAAAAAUCCGUUCUUUAUAACGCAUACCGUUUAUGUCCUGGAGCUUCCCAAUUUUUUGUUAUGUAUUCGUUUUAUAUCUAUUUUACUCAGUUCUGUUAUAUUUACAUAGUUUAAUAUUUACCGUUUUUCAUAAGUACCAUAGCAUAAUUAUACCUUCCAAUCGCAUUAGUGCACCCGCACCUUGUUGCAGUUGCAAUUCCAACGUCUUGAACAUAUCGAAACUAACCGAUUAUAAUUAACUUGAAAUCGCGCUCAUUGUAAUUGUUUCUAAGCCGCAAACACUUACAACUGUGCUCCCAACAACAAAACUUCCGUUCGAUUUUUUCCGAAAUUUUCGUUGGCCUAAUUGAACCUUUUUUCAUUGCAAUAAAAAAACCAAUCGCGGUGAUAUUUCGUCGCGGUGUAUGUUAAGAUAUUACAAAAAAAGCAAAUGUUUAGGCUUAAAAUCUGCAAAUAAAUAAUAUUCUAAGUUAUAUGUCAUUAACGCAUAUUAUAUUGUAAAAUAUGUACACUGCUGUUGACCUUCACACACACGCAUACGCUGCAAUACAUGUUUAAAUUAAAUUGCAAGCAUACGAUAAGUAUUUAUCAAGGCCCUAAAAUUUAAGUUUUACGACGUUCUGUAUUCAAAGGGCUAUUGUUUUAAAUCUAUGGAUUGAAUUGCGACACAGUCUUAUUCUUUGAUUCACGCUAAUAUGGUUAGAACAACAAUUGGGUGGACUCACGGAAAACGAAUCAAUCAAAGAGUAAAGGUAGGCAGGCACAUCUCUAUUGAAUAGGUAUGUAAAUGAUUUUCUACGAAAAAGGGCAAAAUAGGCAUGAAAGAAGCAAAAACGAUAUAUUUGUUGAAUAAAAAUGAACGAAUAACAAAA